UUGGUUACCAAUCCGGCGUGUUGAUUUUGCAUUUAAUUCAGUUUGAUACUAAAUUGGAAUUUAUUUUAAAUACGAAUCACAAAGAUGGCUUCGAUUAGCUUAUUGAACCCAAAGGCCGAAUUUGCACGUGCUGCACAAGCCCUGGCCAUUAACAUCAGCGCCGCCAAAGGUUUGCAGGAUGUGAUGCGCACCAAUUUGGGACCCAAAGGCACAGUCAAAAUGUUGGUAUCUGGUGCUGGUGACAUCAAGAUUACUAAGGAUGGCAAUGUGCUGCUCCAUGACAUGCAGAUUCAGCAUCCGACUGCAUCGAUGAUUGCCCGUGCUAGCACAGCGCAAGAUGACUGCACAGGCGAUGGCACCACCACCACUGUCAUGCUUAUUGGUGAGCUGCUCAAGCAGGCGGACAUUUACUUGUCGGAGGGUCUGCAUCCUCGCAUUAUGACCGAGGGAUUUGAAAAGGCAAGAGACAAAGCAUUGGAAGUACUGGAGAAGAUCAAGGUGCCUGUUGAGAUCAACAAAAAGAAUCUAAUGGAAAUCGCCAACACAAGCUUGAAGACCAAAGUACAUCCGUCGCUAGCCGAUCUGCUUACAGAGGUGUGCGUUGAUGCUGUUCUCACCAUUGCCAAUGACAGCCAAAAGCCUGUCGAUCUUCAUAUGGUAGAGCUGAUGGAAAUGCAGCAUAAGACGGAUACGGACACCCAACUGGUGCGUGGCUUGGUCAUGGACCAUGGCGCUCGUCAUCCCGAUAUGCCCAAACGUCUAGAGAACGCUUAUAUACUCACUGCCAAUGUGUCGCUGGAGUACGAGAAGGCCGAGGUUAACUCUGGUUUCUUCUACAAGACAGCCACGGAGCGUGAGCAGUUUGUGCGUGCUGAGCGCGACUUCAUCGAUCAGCGCGUGAAGAAGGUUAUCGAGCUGAAGCGUGCCGUCUGUGACGGCACCGACAAGACAUUUGUCCUGAUUAACCAGAAAGGUAUUGAUCCCAUUUCCCUGGAUGCUCUGGCCAAGGAGGGCAUUCUGGCACUGCGUCGUGCCAAGCGACGUAACAUGGAGCGUCUGGCAUUAGCCUGCGGUGGCACCGCAAUGAACUCGUUCGACGAUCUGCAGGAAGAGCAUCUGGGCUAUGCCGGCGUUGUUUACGAACAUGUGCUGGGCGAGAACAAGUACACGUUCGUCGAGGACUGCAAGAAUCCACUGUCUGUGACCAUCCUGAUCAAGGGCCCCAAUAAGCAUACAAUCACACAGAUCAAGGAUGCCAUUCGCGAUGGUCUGCGUGCCAUCAAUAAUACCAUUGCCGAUAAGUGCUUGGUACCCGGUGCCGGUGCAUUCGAGGUGCGUGCCCACAACGAGCUGGUCAAGUUCAAGGAGUCGGUGAAGGGCAAGGCUCAACUGGCUGUGCAAGCGUUUGCCGAUGCGCUGCUCGUCAUUCCCAAGACAUUGGCCAUCAACAGCGGCUAUGAUGCUCAGGAUACUAUUGUCAAGCUGACCGUUGAAGACCGCUUGAGUCCAGAGCUUGUUGGCCUCGAUCUGGGCACUGGUGAGCCCAUGAAGCCAACCGAUCUGGGCGUCUAUGACAACUACAUCGUUAAAAAGCAGAUCCUCAACUCCUGCUCCAUCAUUGCCAGCAACUUGCUGCUCGUCGACGAAGUGAUGCGGGCGGGAAUGACAAGUCUCAAGGGCUAAAGCCGCACCAGCUUCCAGUAUAGCGUCCAUGUGUUCCACCAUUAACCAUGCUAACAAACAAUCAACAAGGACACACACACACACACACACACACAUAUAUUUUCACUAGAACUCAGAAUAAAAGUGCCGAGUUGCGUUGGUAGGACGCUAGCUAGCAACAACAAUAACAACUCACUAUGUAUUUCUCUACAUCUAUAUUAUUUUUUUUUGUUCUAUUCACUAAUGUUUACUUAAAUCGAACCAUUGGUUUAAAAAAUAUAUAAAUCACUAUUUCCACACGA